CUUCCUUAUCCUGUCGUUUCUCUCCAUUACCAUCUUAACACGAGUGAGAGGAACCAGCCUGCACUAUCAAGAAAGAAGCAGGAGAGGUAUUUAGAGGAUGAAUGCCUUUGUCGGGGGAGGAAGCGGAGAAGAGGAGCCGGCACCGCUGGUCAUUGUCGAGGGCUUCCUCUGCGCAGCCUCUUCGCUUAUAUGGGGCACCUUCGAUGAGCCCUUGAGCCAGGGUUCGCAGUACCGCCAGCGCUCCUCUGCCUCCUAUUCCCAAACUAAACAUUCAGAGGAAGCAACCGCGACAAAUGGACGACAACAACCUCGUCGGGUUGUCUUUGCGCCUAUUGGACCCGUCUCGUCAAUACAUGAUCGCGCAUGCGAGCUCUUCUACGGCCUCCAAGGUGGGCGGGUAGACUAUGGGGAAGCUCAUUCACGGGCGCACGGGCACGGACGAUAUGGCAAGACAUUUGGCAAACCCCUCUUGCCGGGCUGGGGCAACGACUUCGCCUUGAGAAGCGGAGACGAUAGCUCGAGCUCGAGCGCGGGACAAGCGAGACGAGGGGCGCACUUCAUGGGCCAUUCCCUUGGUGGACUGACGAUCGUCAAGCUGUACGAGCUGCUUAGCGCGGGCUUCUUUGACGAAGCCUUGGGAAUCACUUCAGAUUCGAGGAAGAGUGAGGACGCCACGUCGCCGUCGCCUGCUUCCUUCCUCAUGCUCUCGCUCACCACCGUCUCGUCGCCACACCGCGGCACGCCCCUUGUCUACUCGCUCGGCUCGAUCCCGGGCAAGGACCCUCAGGUGCGCUUCCUGAGCCCGGGCGACUGCCUUGCGAAGCUCGUUCACGUCAUCAGCUGGGCUCGGCGGCUGCCGAUGCUUGGCCUGGAUGCCUGGCUCCCUGACUUCUUCGCAGAGGCGUGGGCCUUUGCCUCUUCAAAGGACGAGAACGAGAAAGAGAACGAGAAAGAGAACGAGAGAUCGAAGAGGUGGCAAUUGCAGGAGUGGAUGGGCAUCGGCAAGCUGCUUGCGCAGCUCUGGAAGAGCGACUGGGCCGAGGGCAGGGACUGUGCGCCGUGGGACUGCACCUUUGAAGAACGCAGCCGGCGCGAAGAAGAGGCCGGCGAGGGCGCAAUUUGGGGCUUGCAGGGACGUCAGCUCGGACAAUUGCAUGGACAAAAGGUUUGGCUCAGGAGUUAUGCGGCCAGCGUGACUGCACCGAAGUCGUCCGAGAUGGAUCGACAAGAGCAGACGCCCUUGGCUGGGCUCCUAUCGCCCCUUGCCUUCACGGCACGACUGCUGCGCCACUUCGACUAUGGCAACGCCCCGCCGCCUCCCUUGCGGAAAAAGAACUAUCGGAGCCUACGAGGUGGUUCCGACUCUGGUUACUGCUCGUCUGCCGAGGACGACGCAGAGGACAAGAAUGGCACAAUGCAUGCAUCGGACGAGGAAAAGGUGAGGCGUGACUGGCAGGCCAACGACGGCGUCGUUCCCUUUGCCUCGCAGUUCCAUCCAUCCGACUGCAUGCGCGGCCACUGCCAGCACGAGGCGUGGGUGCCUCAUGCUGGGAUGCCCGACGAAGGCACAGACACGCGCACAUUGGCGCGAUACGCGGUGGACUCCGCCGCGGCGUCUUCGCUCAGCCUGCUUGGUUUCAACAGCAAAAGUGGUAUUGGAAGCCCGCAGUUGCGACCCAAGCCACCCGGAUCGGAUCUCGCCGAUGGCCCGGCGCCCUUGCCAAAGCCCAAUCUGUGGCACGUCUGCGAGCUGGAGGGCACAACGCACGCCUCGCUCGUCCCCUUCUGGACCGGUUCAGAGAAGCAAAGGGCCUUUUGGUUUGAUCUCGGAGCGUGGCUGCACGACGUCGAGAUGGCCCAAUCGGACCGAGUUAUACCCCUUUGAAGCAUUGUUGCAAUCGUGGUGUAGUACUGUAGAUACCCUAGAAGCAUUUCAUACCGUGAUCACCAUCUCGCGCAAGCUUCUUCUGCUCCGC